AUGGCGCAGGCGGGGCCGAUUGGGUGUGCGGGCGAGUUCGGUAGCGGGCGACGGAGCGGGGUUGCGCGGGGAGCAAAGGGGGAAGGCAGCGCGCGCGCGUGGGAAGUGACGAUUACGCAGGACGGUGACUAUGGCGAGGGGAAGGAGGACGAGCGCGAGUUGACUCCCACGAGAGACGCUUCGUCAAAGCAUCGACGAGGAUUCAGGAGUCGCAGUGUCGCAACUGGACCAACUCCCCCAAAGCCCCGACACUUCCCCCCUGAUCUUAUUUCGCUCUUUCUUUUCCAAAACCCCUUCCCCAUUCCCUUCUGUCCCCUAUCAGGCUAUCCCCAUCUUCCUACCACACUCCCCUCCCUCCCCAGCAGGAGUCGCUCCUUCAGUGGAAUUGGCACUCUCAACAGGAUUAAUUCCCCCGAAGCCCCCAGCCUCCCAACUUUCCUUUCUAGCACUCUCUUUUCCAAACUUCACUCCUUUCCCAUUCUCGUCCUAUUCACCUCUUCCUCUACCACACUCCGCUCCCACACGCCCCUCCCACUCCCAUCCCUCACUACCAGGAGUCGCUCCUUCAGUGGAAUCGGCACUCUCAACGGGACCAACUCCCCCGAAGCCCCCACCCUCCCUGCCCUCCCCUCCUCCCCUUCCCCCAAUCCCGGAAGCCCUCUCUCUUCCGAACGACGCACAUACUCCCCCCACGCCACCCUCCCCACCUCCACCUCCUCCUCCUCGCGUGUCCGCCCUCCCCGAUCCUCCACAGCUGUGAUUCUCCCGCCACUGGGUGCUUCUUCCCAUGGGCAUCAUCACUACCACAGGCCUGCAUUUCCUCAUCGCAGGACGGUGUCUGUGGAUGAGCAUGGGCUCGUGGGCCGGGCUUUAAUGCAGGCUUCAAUAGAGGAACACCAGCACGGGAAGCCACCACAGCAGUAUCAGCAGCAGAGUUCUCAAGGGUAUGGGGGUGGUGGUGGUAGAGGGGAUUACGAUGUCGAGGCUGACGACGAGUCGCCCGGACGUAGCCCGUACAACCGGCCGCAGGCUCGGCGGAACCGAACCGAGGUGACACGGCGCCGACCCUCCACCGCCAUGCCGGACGUCGGGGGAGGGGGAGGUUCGGAAGACGGGUCGUACCGUAGGUCGAGGAGCGUCGGGCACGGGUACGAGCUGUAUUUACCCCCGGUUUCUGGGGGUAUUGGUGCAGGUGCGGGAGGUAGUGGGCCCCCAGUGGGUGAUACCUGGCCGGCAGGUGGUGGGAGGGAGAGCAUGAGGGAGGGGGUGAGGAGGACUAGGAAGUCGUCUCAUCUAAGGAGACCUAGUCUUGAAGGGGAAGGGUGUUAUGAAGGUAGAGGAGAGCGGGAGGCAGGGAGUGGUGGUGGUAGAGGGGAGCGGGAGGGAGGGAGUGGGGGUGGAAGAGGGGAAAGGGAGGCGGGGAAUGGUGGUGGAAGCAGGAGGGCAGGAGGGGAUGGAGAGGAAGAGAGUCGCUUGGAAGAGGGGGAGAGGAGAAGGGUGGAUUAUGUGCGGCAACUAGAGAGCUCGCAACAGCAGAAGCAGCAGUAUGCCGAUGGUCGGUCACAGCAGCAGCAGCCGCAGCAGCAGCAGCAGCAGCAGCAGCAGCAGCAGCCGCCGCAGUAUGUGGAGGGUAGGUCGAGGCAGCAGCAGGAGCAGCAUGAGCAAGAGUAUGCAGACGGUAGGUCGAGGCAGCAGCAGGAGCAGCAUGAGCAAGAGUAUGCAGACGGUAGGUCGAGGCAGCAGCAGGAACGAGGGAAUGAGCAGAGGCAGGGGCAUGGGCAGGGGCAUGGGCAAGGGCAGGGGCAGGGGCAUGGGCAGGGGCAUGGGCAAGGGCAUGGGCAAGGGCAGGGGCAUGGGCAAGGGCAUGGGCAAGGGCAGGGGCAUGGGCAAGGGCAAGGGCAUGGGCAGGGGCAUGGGCAUGGGCAUGGGCAGGGGCAGGGGCAGGGGCAGGGGCAUGGGCAUGGGCAGGGGCAGGGACAAGGGCAGCAGAGGCCAAGAGGCCAGAGGGGGUCGGAUACGAGAAACAGGGUGGAUGAUUCUCACUGCUCGCCCUCUGCUCCGGUUGCCUCUGCACGGAUGGGUAUGUGA